AUGGCUGAUGUAACCUCUCUCCUUCUCACCUUCCCCCCGAGGUUAGAUGGAUUUAUGAUGGACAUGGAUAACGCCGUUUGGCGAGCCGAAGUGUUAGGUAUCAUACAGGAACAGGCCUUAGAACUGGAGAAACUGAAGGCUGAAGUAAAUGCUGUCGGUUCGCGCGACGGCGGACCAAGCAAUCGAAGUCUCCGAGGAGCAAAUCUCUCAUAA